CUGCUGGGAGCUGCUGCACUGCCCUUCACCACUGCCCACCCACCAACUGCCCAGGGCCUGGACAAAGGGCCCCACUGCACACACAACUCCCUGCACCAUGGAGGGAAGCAGGCCAGUACUAUAGGUGGAAAGCGGGAGAGGAGGAAGAGGAGGGAGAGGAGGGAGAGAGCUCGCCCCUGUCGGCUGAGCGUGGAAGUGGUCCAGAUCAUGAGGGUUGGACUAGAUCCAGCCUUUCCCACGCGCAGAAACCCAAAGCCAGAAUUCAAGAGAGAAAAAAGACUCUCUCUCUCGGGGUUGUUUCUUGUCAGCGCGCAGCAGCUCGGAGCGCUUCAGGGAAAAGCAAAAAAAAAAAAAAACUUGUCAGCGCGACUUGGUCUAAGGUGUUUUUUUUUCACUCGAGCCGUCCCAGAAAUGGUGGGGCACCUACAUUUACAAGCGAUGGAUGACAGCCUAAAAGGAAAGAACCGAGAAGGGCUACUCGACAGUCCGGAUUCAGGGUUGCCCCCCAGCCCCAGCCCGCCCUUCUGCUCUCUGUCCCCGGCUCUGGUGGAGUCGCGCUCCGCCAGCUGCACCACGCCUGUGGAGAGCCAGCAUGGAUAUUAUAAAAAGGAAAGCCGAGAGGGGAAACUGCUGCCCUACCUGCUGCUCAACUCCACGGGGGCAGAGCCAAAGAUCCGCAGGCAUCCCGUCUUCUUCGGCGAGAGCAUUGAGGUCAACCCCAAACCGGAGCAGGAAAUCAAAUGCAACUCGGAGGUCAAGUACGACUCGGACAAGCACUACAGGGACCGGGUGCUGUGCGCCCCGGUUCCCACGCCGACGGCCUUCAGCGAGACGGUGGUGGCGGUGCGCAACUGCACGUGGCGGAGCUACAAGAGCCAGGUGUACCUGGAGCCCCGGCAGAGGCCCGUGAGCUACCAGAGCACCACCAUCAUCUACCCCAAACACGCCAAGAACACUUACCGCACCACGCUCAGCUACAGCGCCUCGGGCUCCCGCCGCUGGUUCGUCUCCACGGUGCAGCUGGAGUCCAGCGAGGACACCAGCCCCUGCAUCAUAUACACGGAGGACCUGUAGAGCCCGGGCUGCUAGAGGCGUUCUCCUGUCUUUUUC